UUCCCAUAAAUUGGCCUACGUGGAGAGAAAUCCAGAAAAGUAGGCAACCUCGCUUGUUCUAUCCAAUUGCACAGUGAUCCUCAACUUUUGUUAUGGCAUUCAAUGAAGUCUUGGAGUCUAUUGGAGGAGUUGGCCGUUUCCAGAUCUCGCAAAUCACCUUCUUGCUGAUCUCCGUCUGCCUCAUUGCUUGCCACAACUUCCUGCAGAACUUCACUGCCGCCGUUCCAGACCACCAUUGCAAGCCUUUGCUCCCCACCAACCAGACCUUGCCCUCUAGCUACACCCAAAGCACAGCAGAAGGAGUCUUGCUGAAGGUACCUGUCCCCAUAGACCAGAAUCGGAAGCCGGAGAAGUGUCUCCAGUUUGCCAUGAGUUGGUGGCGCCUAUUGAGCCCAAAUGCGACUGUGGCGGUUGGGGACUCUGCCACACAGGUGCACACCGAACUCUGCACAGGCGGAUGGGUCUAUGAUGUGAGUGUGUUCGAGUCUACCAUUGUGACGGAGUGGAAUUUGGUGUGUGAGCUACAGAACCUGAGAGAUGUAGCCCAGUCGCUCUACAUGGCUGGUGUGCUGGUUGGGGCUGGUGUGUUUGGAGUCUUAUCGGACAGGUUUGGCCGACGCAAACCUCUGAUCUGGUCAUAUCUGCAAAUCGCCAUCGCUGGCACCGUCACAGCAUUCCUGCCCAGCUUCAGCAGCUAUUGCGCCUUCCGCUUCCUGGCUGGCAUGACGUUUUCAGGAAUCAUGCUAAAUUCUCUGUCCUUGAUUCUGGAGUGGAUGCCCAACAAGGGCCGGACGGUGGCAGGUGCCCUCUUAGGUUAUUUUGUCACCUUUGGGCAGAUCGUCUUGGCAGGAGUUGCAUACGGAGUCAGAAACUGGCGCUGGCUCCAACUCUCCGUCUCGGCACCAUUUUUCAUCAUUUUUGUCUGUUCAUGGAAACUUCCAGAAUCACCACGCUGGCUCCUGCUUCAUAACAAGGCACAGGUAGCAGUCCAGAAUCUGAGGAAAGUUGCCGCAAUGAACGGCAAAAGCAAGGAGGGAGAGAAAAUUAACAAAGAGGUAUUGCAUUCCCACAUGCAGAUGGAAGCUGCAAGUCUGAAAUCCCGGCGCAGUGUCUUCGACCUGUUUCGCAGUCCAAUCUUGCGGAGGGUCACCUGCUGCCUCAUGGUUGUCUGGUUUUCCAGUUCCUUUUCUUAUUACGGCUUGGCGAUGGACGUGCAAAAAUUUGGCCUGAACAUCUUUGUGGUGCAGGUGUUGUUUGGAGCGAUUGACCUUCCCGUUGUGCUGCUGUCCACCCUUGCCAUGGUCUUCAUCGGGCGCCGCUUUGCCAUGGCCGGCUUCCUAUCCCUCGCUGGGCUCCUGGUGUUCGUCAACAUGUUUGUGCCAGACGAACUGCAAACGUUGCGUACAGUGCAGGCAGCACUAGGGAAAGGGUGCCUCGCCAGUUCCUUUAUUGGUGCAUAUCUGUAUUCUGGGGAGCUCUACCCAACAGAGAUCAGGCAAACAGGCAUGGGAUUUGUGUCAAUACAAGCCCGUCUCGGAGCCAUGGUUGCGCCCCUGGUCUACGUGCUUAGGGAUUCCUUUCCUGUCCUGCCACCAAUUAUAUUUGGAGCUGCUCCCCUCCUCGCGGGGGUCUCGGCCUGCUUCCUGAUGGAGACGAGACAUUUACCCCUCCUGGAAACCAUCGCAGAGAUGGAACGCAGGUCUAGAAAUGUACCCUCAAUGGAAACAGCAGAAGAAAUUUGCCUCCAGCAAGUGGGGAGAUCUCUUUUGAAAGAAUCUGUUUAA